AUGAAGCGACAGCCCCUGUUUGGAGCAGCAGGGGCCCCCGGCACCGGGUCGCAGGACCACUCCCACGUGGAUCUGGAGGCUCUGGAGGCCGAAAACGACAGGGGCAUAGCGGCGCUGAGCGAGCGCGUGGGUGCGCUGCGUGGCGUCACCACCGGCAUCCACGGGGAGGUGGAGUCGCAGCACCGCCUGCUGGACAACAUGUCCAUGAGCAUGGGCGGCGUGCAGCUCAGCCUGCGGGCCACAGCAGACAAGAUGUCCAAGGUCAUGGCGGAGCCGCACAAGCGGCGCAUGGUCUACGUGGCGGGCGGCGUCGCCGUGCUGCUCUUCCUUGUGUACGUGUGGCUGGCGCACUAG